AUGAACUAUGGAAAUUUUGAAAAAUGGGUGUUGGAAAAGCUUCUUCCAAAUUUACGACCUCAAAGUGUGGUAUGCAUGGAUAAUGCCCCGUAUCACACAAAAAUUGAAGAUCCGACACCCACGAAAUAUGCUACAAAGCAAACAAUGGUAAAUUGGCUGAUGAAGAAGACGAUAUGCUGCGAUCCCAAAAUGCGAAAAGCGGAACUGUUCAGCUUAAUAGAAUGCAAUCGUCCUAAAAAAGUUAUAUAUAAAAUUGACAACAUCAUAAAGGAAAAUGGGCAUCAUGUUGUGCGUCUCCCUCCUUACCACUGUGAUCUAAACGCAAUUGAAUACGUUUGGUCAUCAGUUAAAAGACUGAUCAGGGAAAGGAAUGUGACUGGGGACUUAAGCUUGGAAAAUUUGAAAAAUUUAACACAAAAAGCUUUGGAUGAAGUCACUUCUCAAGAAUGGCAGGCGCACUGCAACCACGUAGAAAAACUUGAAAAUUAUUAUUGGGACAAGGACGAACUUUUAGAAGAGAUAGUGGAUGGAUUAAUAAUUCAAACUGGCAGCAGCGAUUCUGAUUCUGAUUCAGAAGAAACGGAAUCUUGCGACAGUGACUCAGAUGACUUUUCAGAUGUUAUACCUCUAUAA